AAAAAAUAUUGAGAGUGAGUGAUUGGAGGAAAAUAACACAACGCAACAAUCUAACAAAGAGAGACCUUAUCAUCAUCAGCAUCACCUUAACCCAUAUAACAUUCCUCUUCGAAAAUGCCAACAACAAAUUUCAUAGAGAAGCAGAAAUGGCGAAAUCACUCCUUUGUUCAUCAACCUUAAACCCUUUCUUCUCCACCACUCUCUCCUCUUCGAAGAAGAACCAAAUUGCAUACUCGGGAAACAGCAAGAACCAGACAUCGUCGUCUCUGUUAUGGAAAAGAAGGGAACUGUCGCUUGGAUUUAUGAGCAGCUUAGUUGCGAUUGGUCUCGUGAGUAAUGACAGAAGAAGACACGACGCGAAUGCAGCGAUUCUUGAAGCUGAUGACGAUGAAGAGCUUCUCGAGAAAGUGAAGCAAGAUCGGAAAAAGAGGAUUGAGAGACAAGCUGUUCUUAAUUCUGCUGUCAAGGAAAAGGGGUAUUUGCAGGAUCUUGUUUACAAGUUGAGCAAGGUAGGACAAGCCAUUGAGAACAAUGAUCUACCAGCUGCAGGUUUGGUUUUGGGGAAAGGCAUUGAUACCGAAUGGGUCAAAACCGUUAAUCUGGCUUUCACAAAGUUGAGUACAAGCCCAGAAGAGAAUACAGAGGUGGAAGCAUUCAAUUCAUCAUUGGCUUCUCUUAUCACAUCAGUGAACAAGAACGAUAUAGAGUCAUCGAAGCUCGCUUUCGUUUCAUCAGCUGGUGCAUUUGAGAAAUGGACUACUUUGACAGGUCUUUUGGAACAGCUUAAGGGACUGUGAUAGGCUGGCUACAAAUUCUUUACUCUUUUUUUGUAUUUUCCAACAGAUUUGUCAAAGAGGGUCUUUUUUUUCUCCAAAUAAUCCUUUGAAUAAUCAUCAUUCACUUUCUUAACUUCUUUGGUUAUUAUUUACCUUUAUACAUUUUGUUCAUACUUACUAUGCAUCAAUAUCAACAAGGUUGAUUUUUCCAUCGAAUUCCACCACACCAAAAGGAACCAAGAAACCAUACCAAAACUUCUUUGGUUAUUUAUCU